AUGGAGACCAUCAAGCCGUUCGCACGCAGUCCGUGGGAGAAGAGGAUCGCCCGACUCCAGGAAAAGGACGUACCUAUGGCCCUUGCUGAAGGUGCACCGAAAAACCUUACAGUGAUUACCACAAGCACAUCGACGAGAAGCGACACGUUCGGUAUCGGCGUAACGACGAGGGCCCCGUGGGCCAUCUGGGCACCCGAGGGCUUCUUCACGGAAAAAGCCAGGCUAGAGCCACGAGACAAGCAGAACCCGUUUACGGCCGAGCUGGCAGCCAUGCACAAAGGUCUGGAUGCCCACGAUACGAUGCUCGACAAAGUCAGUAGAAUAGUGCGCAAGACAUCGAGACGCGUGGUAUUUCCCGUGACACAAUGUUUGGUGAUUGGUUGA